AUGCUUCGCCGCGUAUCGUUGGACCGCCCUCAAGAACUGAUCAGCGCCAUUGAAGAGGAUGGCGGUGUUAUUAUUGCCGGUUUUGCUUCUCAAAGCCAAGUAGACCAGGUCAACCAGGACAUGCACGAAGCCCUGGAGGACAGAAUCAAGGAUGAAGCAUGGAAACAACGCUACAAAGGGCGCAUCAUUUGUGGUUAUCUCUAUGGUCGAAGCGCAACAGCCCGGGAGCAGUGGAUCUUGAGCCCUCAGCUCCAGUCUGUAGUCAAUCACUUCCUCCGCACCUCGAAUCCUCCGGAGGUAGAUCUAAACAGCGCGAUUGGGCGCAGCACCAACGCCAUUUUGUCGCAGGCUGUCAGCAUAGCGACGCUGGAGGGCGCAGAGGCCCAGCCUGUGCACCGUGACGACAGCAUCUGGCAAAAGUUUCACCAAAGCCAGGAAGAAUCAGGUUACUGUUUAGGUUCAGACCUAGGCAUCUCUCUCCUCGUAGCUGGAGUCGACAUAACCCGGGCUAAUGGAGCUACCAUGGCCAAUGAUUUCGUGUGGUAUUCCCGACAAGAGGUGGAGACGUGGUCAACCGAAGCGCAGAGACUCGCUGGGUACGUUACGGACGGGAUUCUCGGUAUCAGUGACGAUGAAAAUGCUAUCUAUGCCCUACAGCGCGGAGAGGAAGAGAAGAAAAAAGCGGGGGGCAGGUGA